UCUGGGACUUGUAGUUUUGUUUCAGUGACGUCAGCGGAAGUACUGUGGGUUUACGUGAGUUAGCUGCGGCAGGUCACAUUGGUCUAAGGUAGUAAAUGUUUGACAACAGUCGCCGCUAUGGAAGCAGCUAAUGCAGAAGAAAUCAAACUCAGACACGUGGAAACAGAUGUCCUGAUUCCUAAGAUGAUGAGAGAGAAAGCAAAGGAGCGUUGUGCUGAGAAAGUCGUAGCUUUCAGCCACUGCUGUAAAGAAUCUGGUUUCUUAAUGGUACUGAAAUGCAGAGAGGAGAAUUCUGCACUGAAGGAAUGCAUGACACAGUACUACAAGGACCCUGCCUUCUACGAGGAGUGUAAGCAAGAGUACAUUCAAGAAAAACUGCAAUAUGAAAGAACAGGAAUUCCCUCAAAGAACAGAAAACAAAAACUCCCAGCCAGUAUGUGAUCAGCAUCAUGACAUCCAACACCUUUUCUUAUUUGUCAAUAAUGAAGUCCAACAUCCAGUACCAAGAACAAAAAGUUGAUGUUAAAUAAUAUUCCAAAUAUUACUUUUUGUACAGAAAAAUAUGAUUUCAUUGUGGCCUUUAUGGUCACAGAGCAUUUCAAUUGCAGUUUUUUUAACAUGCAACAUGAAAACUGUCUGAUUCUUUACCUUUGAUCCUCAUCAUCGUUUCUUUUUUUAACUGGUUUCCAUUUAAGAACUUUAUGACCAAGCGAUGAGUGUUAAAAUAUGACUUUGUAAAUAUUCUGUGAAAAUAAAAGGACAAAUUAUACAAGU